AUGCACAAGCGUGAAAGAAGUAAAUCAUCAGGGAUGCGCGCUUUGGUGCGUCAGAUGGCCGAGUCUAAUAAGGCCAUGACUGAGGUUGUGCAAUUGCUAGUGGAAGCACGAGCUGCUACUAUUAGCACAAGCAAAGUAGCUAUCACUGAAGUUGCUGCUAUGCAUAAAGCAAUUGACACGAAAAAGCCGCCUAAGUAUGAUGGAAAAGGCGACCCCAUGCAGAUGGAGAAUUGGAUUAGAGAGUUUGACAAGAUCUUCGUCACUCUCCAGGUCCCUGAAGAGAUGAGAGUAGACUCUACAGCCUACCAUCUCACCGAAGAUGCUGAUAUCUGGUGGACCAACAACAAAGAUAAUUUUACCACCAAAGUCACAUACGAUGAGGAUGGUUUCGAGGAGGUGGAGACAAAGAAAUUUGGUUGGAAAGAGUUCAAGAAAGCGCUACGCGCUGAGUUCUUCCCACCUCAUAUGAGGAAAAGGAAGAGAUCUAAGUUUGAAAAGCUGGAGUAA